AUGCAUUGUGGGUAGGUCAGGAAGAGCCAGUGGAGGACGCCAUGUGCUUCUGCUAGAGGAGGUCUGACAGUCAGUGUCGCCCCGAGAGAGCUGUGUUUUGGGAUCUGGCCUGUCGUUUCUUAGCAUUCACCGAACGGUUAGUCGUGCUCUCGGGUGAUAAUGUACUGCAGCAGAUACUGCGUCCGGAUCGCGCUGCGGACGGCGGCGAACACACACCGACACAGCCUACAGAGGGCAGCGCUGCGAACACUCAAGACCAGCCCCGUCAGUCCGUCUGACGCCAUCGCAACGCCGUCUCUCGAUGGGGCGCCCAAGCAGUACUCUCCCAAAAUCCAGCAGCUGGUCAACGACAUCGCCGGCCUCACGCUCAUAGAAGUGUCUGACCUCAAUGAGCUACUAAAGAAAACUCUGAACAUUCAAGAUGUUGGAAUGAUGCCCAUGGGCUCAAUGGCAGCGAUGGCUUCUCCGGCUUCUGAGGCGGCAGAGGAGGAUUUGACGCCUGCAAAGAAAGAGAAAACCAAUUUUACAGUGAAGCUGACGGAAUUCAAAGCCGCUGACAAAGUCAAACUUAUUAAAGAAGUGAAGAAUUGUACGGAGGGCAUGAAUCUUGUACAGGCCAAGAAGCUUGUGGAGUCCCUACCGCAGGAGAUCCGGGUUAAUGUGUUUAAAGACGAAGCGGAAAAACUGAAAGCAGCACUUGAAGCGGCGGGAGGCACUGUGGUGCUGGAGUGAAUAUAUCUGGUCCCCUCCGUUUGAUCUCGUUACCUGUCAGUCAUCGUUUUGUUCUUUUUUUUUUUCUUUUUUUUUUUACAAAGAAAACAAACAAUGCCUUUAAAAUGACCGCUUGGUCCAGAAGAGGUGGUCCCGGGUGUUGAACUUACAGACUGAACUUUAUCGGGCUCUGAGCCUGCAAACACACCACCCGUCACCGACUCCUCCAUCUGUCCCUUAGCCACUCACGCACUGUCCUGGACAGGAUGGAUGGAGCCGGUCUGUCUCUUUCAUGCUGGGGACGUGAUGCUGUUGCUCGUGGUUAAAUAAACAUGUUAUACCAUA